CCUCGCCGUCACCAGUCUGUCGCAAUUUUUGCUGAAAUCUUUCAUGUUUUUAUACGUUCCUCUUCUUUUGAAAGGUAUCUGCUAAAAAUAUGAGUGCCAGGAGUAUAGCUACCGUCAUCGCUGGGGUCUGUGGGACAGUCUUCGUAGGAUACUGCAUUUAUUUCGACCACAAGAGGCGAUCUGAUCCCUUGUACAAGCAGAAGAUCUUAGAACGGAGAAGGAAAGCAAAACAACAGAAACAGUCAGAAAAUUUAUCUGAUAUCAAGUCUAGAGUACCUGACUUGUCAGAUGCUGCAGCAGUACAAAAGUUUUUCCUUGAGGAAGUACAACUUGGAGAGACCUAUUUAACACAAGGUGAUUAUGACAACACUGUCAAACACUUGACCAAUGCUAUAGCAGUGUGUGGCCAACCUCAACAACUUCUCCAGUUGUUCAAGUCUACCUUGCCUCCAGCAGUAUUCCAAAUGUUACUGGAUAAUUUAGACCAGCUGAAAAUAGUCACAGAGCAGAAAAUUGCUCAAGAGGGAGAGUCUUUGGAUUAAACAGCAGAACUUUUUGGACAAUCUACACUGCACAUAAAAGUUAUACUAUUUACUGCUCAACAUAACUGUGUAAUUUUGUAUUAAAGUGUGACAAUUGCAA